AUGACGAUGGAGGUGCUCCCCAAGGCCCUGGAGGUAGACGAGAAGUCUCCAGAGUCCAAGGACCUCCUGCCGAGCCAGACAGCCAGCUCCCUGUGCAUCAGCUCCAGAAGCGAGUCUGUCUGGACCACCACCCCCAGGAGCAACUGGGAAAUCUACCACAAGCCCAUCAUCAUCAUGUCAGUGGGCGCUGCCAUUCUGCUCUUUGGUGUGGCUAUCACCUGCGUGGCCUACAUCUUGGAAGAGAAGCAUACGGUUGUGCCAGUCCUCAAGAUGAUAGGGCCUGCCUUCCUGUCCUUGGGACUCAUGAUGCUGGUGUGUGGGCUGGUGUGGGUGCCCAUCAUCAAAAAGAAGCAGAAACAAAGGCAGAAGUCCAGCUUCUUCCAAAGCCUCAAGUUCUUCCUUCUGAACCGCUGA